AUGGAGUCCUCUUCCUCUUCUUCAUACUUUCCCCGCACAAAAUCGUUACCAAACCCUAGUUUCAAUGGCAUCAAACCUGUGCGAUAUUGCCACAGUUUUCCAAACGCUGGCUCUUCUUCUUCUUCUUCUUCUUCUUCUUCUACUACUCCUUCAGAAUACAAGUAUGAAUCAUUGAAAGAGAUAUUAGGCUCACCAUCUUCUCCUAAAGGUCCCUUAAUCACAUGUAGUUGUGGAACUGAUGAUAUACCCAUUCGAAAUCGCCUCGUUCAAAAGGCUGCAUGGUCCUAUUUGCAGCCUGCCAUGCCAGCAAUCAAAACCCCAUCUCAGAAGUGCUUCUUUUUGUUGCUGUGGGAGAGAUUGUCCCACGAAUUGAAGCGUCCAAUCAAGUUUGUCAACCAAAUUAUUGGACUCUUUGCAGCAGCUGGCGUUAGACGCUACAAUUAG